UUUUUUUUAUUUCUCCAAUGCCUUUCCCAUAAUCGACCUUGCGGCGGAGGAGAAAGGCAGGAAUUUUUAGAGGCGCCGCCUGCCUAACUCCGCCUCAUCCCCCUCCAUCUCCGCCGGAGCCGGCCGAGGAAGCGCGAUCGAGAUGUCUUCUCCGAGCAAGCGCCGCGAGAUGGACCUCAUGAAACUGAUGAUGAGUGACUACAAGGUGGAGAUGCUGAACGAUGGGAUGCAAGAGUUCUUCGUGGACUUCCAUGGCCCAAAUGACAGUUUGUAUCAAGGAGGAGUGUGGAGAAUAAGAGUGGAACUGCCAGAUGCUUAUCCUUACAAAUCUCCCUCAAUUGGCUUUGUUAAUAAGAUAUAUCAUCCUAACGUCGAUGAAAUGUCUGGUUCAGUUUGUUUGGAUGUUAUCAACCAAACUUGGAGUCCUAUGUUCGAUCUUGUCAAUGUGUUUGAAGUUUUUCUCCCGCAACUUCUUCUAUAUCCAAACCCUUCAGACCCACUGAAUGGGGAGGCUGCAGCGCUUAUGAUGCGGGAUAAACCUGCUUACGAACUAAAAGUGAAAGAAUACUGUCAGAGAUAUGCAAAGCCUGAAGAUGUGGGGAAUGAUUCAGAUGACAAAUCUAGUGAUGAAGAACUGAGUGAAGAUAAUAACGAGUAUGAUUCUAGUGAUGAACAAGUGGUGGGAAAACCUGAUCCUUGAUUAGGGUUUCAUGUAAAUCUUUGUUUCAACUACUUGCAAAAAAGAAAUUAAAAAAAAAAUUAAAACUUUUUUCUUUCAUUUGUCAUUGUAAAUAAGUAUUGCUCAAUCAAGAUGUUUAUUUUA